AUGUAUAGCCCACAAUGGCCACCAACACGCCCGGCUGCCGUUCAGGCCCAGCCACAAGAACGAGAGCCGCCUGGAGUUGCUGCUUCUUUGAUACCAUCGCUCAACAGCCACGGCGGCGGCAGUGGUAUUAGCAGUAGCAGCCGCCAAGGCACGGGACCUCCCCGCUUUGGUAAAGCACCGGAUGUCACUGGUGGUCCGGCCUCUGCGGCCAUCACGCGAGGAGGUGCAGCAAGCGCCGGCCCCGGCGGCGGCAACGGCAGCGGGAAUAUUCACAGCAGCCAAGGCGGUACCAACGACGGCACAUAUCCCGCACCAGCGGCUCAACAGCCGUCUGCUCCGGUUCCGCCUGCCGGGAUCAUCAACCCGUUCGACCUCUCUGCCGCCGAGCCCUCGCAGCCGCGUCACGUUCUCGUUCGCGUAGACGGUGACACAGGGUUCUAUCUCGGCAACGCCGUGGGCCGUCCGGCGCCACAGGAGUUUUCUCUGCCGACGGAGGUGGACGGAUCGCGGUCCGUGGCCAACGGGGACCAGAUCCAGACCGGAUGGAGUAUCGACUACUACGGCCUCUCGGGCAGCCGCCACGAGUACGGUAACGGCAUUGGGUGGCGGUGUCAGGAAUCAGAGGCCGUGGCGGACGCGCAGGGGAACUUUGGGUGGCCGAGGAAGUACGUCUGUUCCAUGUGUUGUCUGCGAUGGAACGCCAUGCCUCUGCCCGCCAAGGUGAUUCGGGGCGAUGUCAGUCAAAAGGACCGGAUUGAACUAAGGAUAACGCGCAGCCAAAUCCGGCAGAUGCACGGAGGGAUCCCGGAUUCUCUCGGCCGGGAUGCUCAGAGUACCGGGGACCCCCAGUUACACUACUACCUCGAUCAUGAAGGACCUGGAAACGAGCCGUGCGUCCGGGGCCUUUGUCAAAAGUGCCGGCCGGUGUCUUUCUUGCCGGACUCGCAGCCAACGACCCACUGUUGUCCGCCCCCGGUGGCCGAGCCGGGCUACCUCAAGGAGAUUUAUCGGUGCAUCAUGGACAACUGCCCGUUCCUUACGGACACCCGGCGAGAGAUGAAGGCCCAUCUCCAUUCUCCAAGAAAGAACGGACACAAAUCCUACUUGACAUCCCUAGCAGCUCGCAUCGAGCACGGCCAACCCCUCAGCGCGAUCGACAAGGAAAUCGCCUCCCGCCUGAUGCUCAUGUUCAACGACCGCGACGCCCGCGGGCAGAAAUCCAUCUCCCAGCCCAUCAACACCGUCCUCGGGCCUGAGGACGUCAGCAGCCCGGCCAUCCUGCGCGAGCACACGCAGUGGAUGUCGUAUCUAGGCCUUCACACGCCCGAGCUGCACCGACGGGACUUCUGGGAUCCGCGGACAGGCGGGUGGUAUUGCCGCGAGUACAACAUGGACGACGACUUUGAGGAUGCGUGCGAGAAUGUGAGGAUUAUCUCGCAUGCUACGGGGAGGCCGGUGAAGCCGUCAGAUUUCCUAUGGCGUUGA